AGUAGAAGAAGUAACGCAUCAACGUAACGAAAGGCCAAAAAUGGACCAAAACUUAAUUGGAAAUCUCAAAAGCUUCUUUUGACCCAUGGUAACCAAUAUAUGUGUCUACCUCUUUCAUCACAUUCCAUCAAUCCUGGUGUUCAUAUUCCAGCAAACUUACUUUUUUUUUCUUCCAACACAACAUAGAUACUGGUUUCUCUAUCUUUCUUUGUAGGGUUAAUUUGGAACUCUGGCUAAGUUCAUGGACUACUUUAUGGAAGAGGAGGCUAAGAAAGAACCAGCAAUGAAUUAUGUCUUCGUUGAUGAAGAGAAGAGUGUGAUCCCAGUGUCUGAAGAGAAGGCAUCAUCAGCUGGUGAUCCUCUAGCAAUUGUCAAAGAUGUAAUGUAUGCAGAAAUCGAAACAGAGAAAAUGCUGGCCUUAAUCAAAGCAUGGGAAGAAAGUGAAGACAAAAGCGGAGAACAGGGCACAUAAAAGGAUGUCUGCAGUAGGUUUAAUGGGAAGACAACAAGAAAACAUACGUAGAGGCACGACUCAGAAAAAUUGAGGUACAAAAUUUCUUUAUUAGCUAUCUUAUAAGCUAACUUUCAUGGUUUUCUAGAAAUUUGUUCAUCACAGAAGAAGUUUGAAAGAAAGAAGGCAGAAUACGCUGAGAAAAUGAAGAAUAAAGUGGCUGAAAUUCACAAGGCUAGCUGGAGAAGAUUAGAGAGCACUUGUUGAAGCCAGACAAAGAGAAGAGUCCCUCAAGGUGGAGGAGACAGCUUCAAAGUUUUGUGAAUCCGGAUCUACGCCUAGUAGAUUGUUCGGGUGCUUCACCUGUUCUAACAAUGUUCUAUAGUUCUAGCUAGCAAC